AUGGCGUCACGAAUGCUUCUCCGAUCAACUGCUAGCCUAGCUACUGGCAGACAAGCCAUCGCUCAGCGAACUUUCACCACUACCUCUGCCAGCCUCUCAUAUAAGGAGAGCAGCCAUGGCACCGACUCCCACGAUCCCGAGAAGCACAAGCAAGACCUCCUAUCAAAGCAGAAGGCUGGCAAAGGCCACUGGAAACCCGAGCUCGCCUCAGAUAGUGAGGAGGCCGUCAAGGCAGAUCGACAUGGUGGUGACGGCAAAGAGGACGUCGCGACCCUACAGAACCGUACCAAGCACGCUGCCGAGGAGACCAGCAAGUCUGGCACUAGCAUGCGUGAUGGGUUAGUCGAUUUGAUGGAUAAAGAUGGCGCGGGCCCGACGAAAUGA